AUGAAGAUUAGACCCAGAAUUGCAGAUUAUUUUGUGUAUAAGCUAGGUGAUGGAGCCAACUUCUCCUUUUGGCAUGACCCUUGGGCAAAUGAUUUGUCUAUAGUAGAUAGAUUUCCUGAAGUGGAUAUUAAAGAGUCUGAGGUAGAUAGAAAUGCUACUGUGAAGAGUCUUUGGAAAAAUGACAACUGGUAUUUUCCAGAUCCUCUGGAUGAUUAUACUCUAGCUAUCUGGGAGUAUGUCAAGAGUAAUUUUAAGAUCAAGCAAGAUGAGACAGAUAAAGUGACUUGCAAGUCUGCAAAUGGGAAAUUUUCUAUUAACAGUUGCUGGAAACACUUGAAUCCUGUUAGCAGAAGUAUCCCCUGGACUUCUAUUAUCUGGUAUAAAGACAACAUUCCCAGGUAUUCUUUCAUUACUUGGUUAGCCUUGCAAGAUAAGCUUAACACUAAGGAUAAGCUGCUAAGAUGGAAAGUGGUGCAAAAUGAUGUUUGUUGUUUCUGCAAUUCUGAAACUGAAUCCAUUAGUCACUUGUUUUUUGAGUGUGGCUAUUCCAGAGCAAUUUGGAAAAGAUUACUUGUUGACAUGAGCUUUAAUAGAGAUGUGAUGCAUUGGAGAAGAGAAGCUUGCUGUGUGCUAGUUGGGUUCUCUGUUGUUUUCUUUGGGAUGGGUAGUAGCUGUAGUAGUUGCCAGUUUCUUGGCUUUUUGUUUUGCCAGAGUGUUUCUGCUGUGUAA